AUCUGUGGAUACGAAUGUUUUUCACUGAAUUCGAAUUAAUCUCGAUAGUAUUUCGUACUGUGAAUAGUAUUUAAUUUUUCCAAUUAUUAAGUUUUUAAAUGAGAGUUAGGUAUUAAUAACAUACAAUAUUUGAAUCGCACAAAAAUUAUACAAUACAAUUUGAAUUUGAAAAUAAAUAGUUUUCAUAAAGUAUCCAAAUGAUAUUCUCAUGUUGGCAUCUCCUUCAAUGUUUGUUGGGAAAUUUGGUAUGAAUGUUGAACAGAUGGUUGGAUUCGGUAUAUUUUCUUCAGUAGUUUUGAAAAAAGCAUCUAUGCGUAGUGACGGCAACAGUUAAACAGUUAACAGGUAUUUUAUUCUUUGUUAUCUUGAUCUAACUACACGGGCAUAAUUAUCAAAUCUCACUGCGGUUUAUAAAUAAUUAAAAAUGAGCUGUAAGAUGGUUGGUAAAGAACCAUUUAAAAAAAAAAUUCAAAAAGAAAUGACAUCAUUCAUUGAAGAUCCUCCUGAGGGAAUGGUUUUAGACGCUUCCAGAGCUGAACAAAAUCUUAAUAUUUGGACUGUAUACAUGCAAGGUGUUGAUGGUACUUUAUAUGCUGGAGAACAAUUUCAGUUGCAGAUCAAAUUUGGAAACAAUUAUCCUUUUGAAUCGCCUGAAGUUACAUUUGUAGGUCAAAACAUUCCAGUUCAUCCACAUGUGUACAGUAAUGGGCAUAUUUGUUUAGCUAUUCUUGCCGAUGACUGGUCACCAGCAUUGUCUAUUCAUUCUGUCUGUGUUUCAGUUUUGUCUAUGCUAAGCAGUUGCAAAGAAAAGAAAAGACCUGAAGAUAAUAGUAUUUAUAUAAAAAUGGACAUCAAAAAUCUAAAAGAUGUCAAAUGGAAGUUUCAUGAUGACCAAAUUUGAAGUAUCAAACAUCCAUUAUUUUAUCAUUUUACUAUAAUAUACUCAUUUCUCAAAA